CCAACGUCGGUUGUGUGCCCAUUCCAACAGUUUAUUUGCCUUCAAACAAGUAUACGAUUCAGUAAAUAUUGAUUGCGCAUCCAUUAUCCGUUCUCUUCUUUGUCUUGGUCCUUACCACCAAUACCCGAUGUCAAUUCAUGCCAUGGAUUUCAAGUUGAUGAGGGUACUAGAUGCUCUUACGGUCCGAUUUUACCAUAUCCCAGUUGAAAUUUUGAAACUAGUUUGUCUAAAGUACAUUUCCCUAACUUACAACAAAGAGCUUCCAGUUUCCAUAUCAAACCUUUUCCAACUUCAAUCCUUGAUUAUCAAACCAGAUAUAUGCAUUAAAAGGCGUGGAACUGUGUCAUAUAUGCCGGUGGGCAUAUGGAACAUGCAAGAACUACAACACAUUGAGGGAUAUGGAUUAAACCUACCUACCCCUAAUUCUAAUGCUACUCUGAACAAAGUCUCCACUCUUUUUGGCGUGAGCGCAAAGAGUUGUACUAGAGAAAUUCUCAAAAAAAUCCCUAAUUUAGAGAGAUUAUAUAUUCAGAUGGAGUGGAAGCCUUAUGAUGAUGAAGAUGAUAACAACUCACUGAGUAGCUUGGGUUAUAUCUCAGAGGAACUACAGAAUUUGGUUGUUCUUAAUUAUUCUGUAGAGAAUCCUCAUAUGGAGUAUGAGUCUACGAUUCCUCUUUCAAUGUUUCCAUCAAGUCUAACAGUUUUGUAUUUGAGUGGCUUUGGGUGUCCAUGGAAGCACAUAAAUGACAUUUGUUCAUUGCUACCCAAUCUUCUGAAGCUCGAGUUACAACACUAUGCCUUUCGAGGCCCAUUGUGGGAUAUUGAAUCAGAGUGUUUUUUGAAACUUAAGACACUUGUGAUUGGAGACACUGAUUUGGUGCAAUGGAGAGCUCAACAUGGAAGCCUUCCAAGUCUUAAGCUUUUAAGCAUACAACAUUGCUACAAAUUAAAACAACUAGAUUGGACGCGUGAUCCCUCAAUGGUCACAACGACUGCAAUUGAAUUGUUUGAGUGCAAUCCCUUAGCUGUCGCCUCUGCCAAGCAAUUAAGACCAAAAUCUCUCUUUACAGUUCGUUGGCACUCUUCCUUUUGAGCUGUGAAGUCAAAGCAAGACUCUUAACUUGGUUAACAGGUUGGAUUAUGAGAAGUGUAGGCCCUUUUGCGACUUAUUGAUGUGUGUUUUGGAGGGUUUUAGGAAGCUGUUGACAUUGGGAGAAGUUUUGCUGCCAUGGAAGAUUAUCAAAUAGAUGGAAACAAAGAAAUGGUUGCUCUUGAAGCAAUGAUCAUAGGCGUUUGGUUGACGUCUUGCUAUGUAGCUACUUGUAUCAAUGUACUUGUAUGGCGAAAUUGUCAAAAAUGUCACAUAGUUGUGAUUAAAUUUCGAUCUUUUCAACAACUUUCACAUUCGGCCAAUAAAUUAUGAG